UUCAGUGAUCGUGUGCGUUGCCUGGCGCACAGGAUCGCUAAGGGGGCGGGACCGCCGUUGUUUGUAAAUAAAAAGGUUUCUACAUUUCGCGACAGCGCUGCCUUGACGUCUUAGCUGCUCAAGCCAUGAACUCUGUCCUGCAAAGUAUUUUUUUGCCUUAUAAAUGUAUAACACAUAUUAUAAUAGAAUUACGAAUUGAACGAGUAUGAUUCUUGCUGGGUCGGACCAUUUUCUGGCGGUAUCGGUCGAGACGGCGGCGUUUCUCGGCGCUGUCGCAGGAUUCGGGGCUCUCCUGCUGGUUCUCUUCCUCUACUUGUCACGGAAAUGGUGUUUUACAUCUUCCCCACCUGCUACCUACUUUGGUGGUGUUUGCGUACCUUUUUGCCAGUCUAAUAACAGCUCGUCAUCUCAACUCAGCACAAAUCUGGGCAAAACAUUGGAUUUCCAUUCGGAUAUUGAGACAAGUUCAGACUCUGAAGAAGAGGCCUUGCGUCAGCCUAAGUUUGGAUCUCAUCUCUCGCCACACAGCCUCGCCAUAACAACAGACGGUCCCGGCUUAGCAGAUAUUGGAAAGGUAUUGAACUGCAGCGGUACAGAGGAGAAAUCAUUUCUGGAUCGGCAACAGUGUGUAGUCGAAGUGGGUACACCGAAUGCAAUUGUAACUGAAGAAAUGGACACUAACGAUAAAAUGGAAGCAGAAAAUGAAGCGGAUCAGCAGCAAUGUUUGAAUCAUCACAAGGAAUCUCCCAUACCGAUUCUAACGGAGGAAAUUCACAGCUUGGAGGUGGCAUUGAUAUAUGAUGCGCCGAUGCGUGAAAUGACGGUUCACGUGCUGCAGGGACGAAAUUAUCCUAAUAUGAUAGGUGGUAGUCAGGUUCGUUUGGUUUUGUUGCCAUCGAAGAAACAGAGGCGCAAAACAAGGGUCCGUCAAGGGACUACGCCGCAAUAUAUGGAAAGCUUUUUGCUACAUCGUGUUAAUCCUGAAGACGUGAACGGGAUGGGUGUCAGGCUGAGAGUGUACUGGUGGAGCGGACGCAUACGGAGGGAGAGAUUGCUUGGGGAGGCGAGGGUUUCUUUUGACCAGAUAAAUCUGCAAUUGGAAACGACACUGUGGUUAGCCUUGCAGCGCCCAUCCCAAUCUUCAUCCACGGUGCAAGAUUGGGGGACAAGUGGUAGUUUGACCCGCAGCGAUUCGAUAGGUUCCCAACAAUCUGUUCGCUCCUACGUUACACCGCCCUUGGUACCGCUGUACGGUAACGGAAUGAGAGGUGGAAGCAUAGCGGAGAUCUUACUUGGUCUGGCCUACAAUGGGACAACCGGACGAUUAUCUGUGGAAAUAAUUAAGGGAUCGCAUUUUCGGGGGGGCGGUGGCAAUAACGCCAGACCGCCGGACACCUAUGUUAAACUGACCCUGGUAGACAGCAACGCUUGUGAAUUGGGCCGAUCUAAAACGGGUAUUAAACGGGCGCAACCCAAUCCACUUUACAAGGAAACAUUUGUAUUUCAGGUUGCCUUGUUUCAACUGGGGGACGUAACUCUCUUUUUAUCCGUCUACAAUCGUCGUAGAGGCAGCAUGGGGCGAAAGGGGCGUGAGAUGAUCGGUUGGCUUUGCCUGGGACUGAACAGCUCGGGUCCGGAAGAACUGCAACACUGGAACGACAUGCGGAUUGCACGUCAAACAACAUACAAUGUUCAAGUACAACGAUGGCACGCCUUGUUACGACCUUGAGCAGAAUAACGAAUUCUACCGAGCAUCGGUACACAAGGAUUCUGACCGUGUUGUUUCUUACAUCAAAUAGAAAUAACACACUUCAGUGGGCCCUUUUAUUUGGGUGGGCGACUUACGGAUGACUACAAAGUCGAUGCAGGAAUAAUAAUAUAAUACUAAUGAAUUCAACUCUUGUACGCUUUUGAGAGCCCAAUUUUCGUAUUAUACACUUGCACAAGAAAGCCACAAAAUAAUAGUAGCGUCAGCUAGCUCCUGAUUCCAUCUGGGAUGUAUACCGUUGCUAAUUUUUAUGACAUUCUAUCUACAAAUACUCUAUGAACUGUACGUACAGUUAUGCAUUCCAACAUUUCAAGCCAUUGAUAGCCAUGGCUUAUGCUCAGUUGUUUCUAUUCAUUUAUGCCUCUUAGUCAAUCACAAUAAGAUAGUACACCACGUAUUUGAAGUUUACUAUAAGCAAUCUAAAUGUUAUUCCUAUACAUAAAUUUUUUUAUUAAGAAUUGUUUUAUACCACUAUGCUGCUU